AUGGAUCGUGAUAGUGCCAAUGCUACUCGUUUACGUGUUAAUCGUAUUGCAUUAAAUCAACAACUUGAUCCACAAGAACUCGUACCAAAACUCGUUCGUGCUCGUAUUCUUUCGACUGAUCAUGAUGUACAAUAUAUACAUCAAGGUACAUCACGAAUUGAUCGUGCACGUCGUUUAGUUGAUUGUCUUCUAACACCAAUAUCAAUCGGAAAAGAAUCUGAACGUGGUGAUCGUCCACCAAAUUGGUAUUUACAAUUUCGUAGUAUUUUAUCAGAAAAUUCAUCAACUUAUGGUGAUCUUGUAAGUGCACUUGAUAAUACAAUUGUUCGUCCACCUAAAUUUGCUGAACGUGUCUCAGACGCAUUUGCUGAUAAAACAAAUCAUCAACGUUCACAUGAAUUUCGCGAUAAUAUUAAUAAAGAUUUACUUAAUGCAUCAAAACAACAACAACAGCAGCAGCAUGAUCAACAACAACAACCAAAACCUGCUCCUGUACCAACGAAUCAAGAACAAAUAACAAAAAUUGAAUUUGAUCGAUAUGCAAUGAAUAAAAUAUUAAUUGAAGGAAAUUUCCAAAAAGUUAUUGAUAAUCUUACAUAUAAUUCACAAGUUCCUGAUCGUUUAUUUCAACAAUUAUCUCUUUCAAAUAAUACAUAUGAUCGUGAACAACUUAAAGCUGAAAAUCAAGCAUUUGAUGAUAUGCGUCGUCUUGAAUUAAUGAAUAAUUU